UCAUCCUCUAACCCUCCCCUCCUCUACCUCGCCUCCACCCACUACGUCCUCCCCUGUGUGAACCAGUGAACGUGGUCCUGCUUAUCACACCCCUGAGAGUUAGUUGCUGGGCUGGGAAUUUACUGAGUUUCACCAGGAGUGGGAGAUUCCGACGCCAGUGUGUGUGGGUGUGCGUGUGAGAGAGUGUCAGUUUGCAGACAGGCAGGGGCGAGAGAGCUGGGACACACUCCGCGCAUCAUGGACUUUACUCUGCGCUUCUUCGCCCUGUCCCUCGCCCUGUGCUCGGCCGUCGCUUCCCCGUACGACGAGAGCGCCGUGUCUGACGGAUUCUGCAGCCGGAUCUUCAGGUCGCCGGGCAGCCGGAGAGAAGGCAACACCGGCUUCAGUCUUCGCAUCGAGGGCAACCCCGAACACUACAUCCCGGGCAACACGUACAGGGCCACCCUCUCGGCCACACUCCCCUUCUAUUUCCGGGGAUUCACCAUCAUCGCUCUGCGGGAAGGUGAGGACGGACACAGGGAGGAGGAUUACGCUGGGAAUUUUCAGAUAGUUGACCACGAGGACUCGCAGUUCAUGACCAACUGCCCGUACGCUGUGACGGAGAGCACCCCCAGGAGGAGGACACGCGUCCAGGUGUUGUGGACGGCACCGGCCUCUGGAUCAGGCUGCCUCGUGCUGAAAGCAAGCAUUGUGCAGAAGAGGAUAAUCUGGUUUCAAGAUGACGGGGCGCUUACCAAGAGACUGUGUGAGAGAGUGUCGACUGAAGAGCAGGUCACGGAGAAACCCAUCCAGGACUGCUGCGCUUGUGGAACAGCCAAGUACCGGGUGACGUUUUAUGGAAAUUGGUCGGAGAAAACUCAUCCGAGAGAUUAUCCAAAGUUUGCCACACACUGGUCCGCCAUCAUCGGCGCAUCUCACUCCAAGUCCUACAUGCUCUGGGAGUACGGCGGGUUUGCAAGUGACGGAGUGAGGCAGGUCGCCGAGUGGGGGUCCCCCGUGAAGAUGGAAGAAGAAAUCCGGCGGAAAGGUGACAAUGUUCUGACCGUCAUCAAGGCGAAAGCACAAUGGCCGGCCUGGCAACCCUUGAAUGUGCGGGCAGCUCCAUCGGCAGAGUUCUCCGUCGACCGCACCAGACACCUCAUGUCCUUCCUGACCAUGAUGGGUCCCAGCCCAGACUGGAACGUGGGCCUCCCGGCCGAGGACCUCUGCACCAAGGAUUGCGGCUGGGUGCAGAAGCUGAUCCAAGACCUAAUCCCCUGGGACGCAGGCACCGACAGUGGAGUCACCUACCUGUCCCCCAACCAGCAGGCAGAACCUCAAGAAAGGAUACGGCCGCUAACCAGUUUGGAUCAUCUGAAGAGUCCCUUCUACGACCCUGAGGGUGGCCCAAUUAUACCUGUGGCUCGAGUUGUGAUUGAAAGAAUUGCAAGAAAGGGGGAGCAGUGUAACAUUCAGCCAGAUAACGUGGACGACAUUGUGUCUGAUCUCAAGCAAGAGGACAAGGAUGAAGAUGAUACGCCAGAAACCUGUAUCUACUCCAACUGGUCACAGUGGUCAGCCUGCAGCUCGUCCACCUGUGAGAAGGGGAAGCGGAUGAGGCAGAGGAUGCUCAAAGCACAGCUGGAUCUCAGUGUGCCCUGCCCACAUACGCAAGACUUUGAGCCCUGCAUGGGACCAGGUUGCCUUGAUGACGAUACUACGACGUGCAUGAUGUCGGAGUGGAUCAGCUGGUCCCCCUGCAGCAGGUCCUGUGGGAUGGGAAUGCGAUCGAGGGAACGAUACAUCCAGAAGUACCCGGAGGACGGCUCGGUCUGCUCCCUCCCCACUCAGGGGAACGAGAAGUGUGUCGUCAACGAUGAAUGCUCAUCCAACACGUGCUUUGUGACGGAGUGGGGGGAGUGGGAUGAGUGCAGUGCCAGCUGUGGCUUGGGCACCAAGAGCCGGCACAGGGUGGUCAAGAUGCACCCUUCGGAUGGCUCCAUGUGCAAAGUGGACACGGUCCAACUGGAGGAAUGCGGGAUGCCGGAUUGCCAGACCAUCCCGUGCAUGCUGACUCUGUGGUCGGACUGGACUGACUGCAGCGUGACCUGCGGCAUCGGCAUGCGGGCGCGGCGGAGAAUGCUGAAGACCCCGGCCGAGGUGGGCGCCUGCAACGAGGAGCUGGAGCAGGUGGAGAAAUGCAUGCUGCCUGAAUGCCCGACUGAUUGCAUGGUGUCCGAGUGGUCGGAGUGGUCGGAGUGCAACAAGUCCUGCGGGAGGGGGCACAUGAUCAGGACGAGGAUGGUGAAGCUGGAGCCGCAGUUCGGGGGGGCGUCGUGCCCCGAGACCGUCCAGCGCAAGAAGUGCAAAAUUCGCAAGUGUUCAAGGAGGCAGGGGGACGAGAAGAGGCGUAGGAAGGAAGCUCCGGAGAGGCAACGGAUCAAGGAGAUGAGAGGAGAGCCCAGAAUCCCUGAACAUACAGGGUGCAAGAUGAAGACGUGGACGGCAUGGACCGAGUGCAGCAAGUAUUGCGGCGGAGGCAUUCAGGAACGCUUCAUGGCAGUGAAGAGAAAACACCGCACCUCCCAGCUCACCGGCUGCAAGGAUAUGAGGGAGAUCCGGGCGUGCAAUGUCCAUCCGUGUUAGGAAGCGUGGCUGGGCCGCCCACACUGCACAGACAAACACUCUGCUUUUUGUUGUGAAAGUGACGGAAAAAUAUUUUAAUAUCACAUUCCGACACAAACCCUCUCCGUACCCGGAGCAUUCAUAAAUGUCUCAAUAUCACUGUACACACAAACAUGCAUAUGCGCGCAUAUACAUCUUAUACCCACUCUCACAAGCUGAUUAGAAAGCAAUUUAAGUUGUUUAACCUGUGGUUACAUUUUAUUUUCAUUUUUAUACACUGGUGUUUGAUGUUAUUUUUCUUCCAGUGUUAAAACCUUUGCCACCCUGUUGGUUGUGAGAUUUUUUUUUUGAAAAGGUAAAAAUAAAUUCAUUUAUUAUACAAGACUUAGAUGCCUUAUCAAAGUAACAUUUACUGUUAGUUCUUUCACAGGAAGAAAAAGAAUAAAGUUUCAAACAAAAUGAUAGACUUAACAAUUAAAAUAAAUAGUUUUACUUUUGCCUAUUGUUUGUUACAUACUGUGGGAUCGUUGCUGAUUCGAUCAAAAUAUCGGCAGAAUUUUUCCAAUAUUUCCUUUUUGAUGUUAUAGUUGUGUUUUGAAGACUCAUUGUUACACUAUGAGAGAGCGCGUGUGAGAGAGAGAGAGAGAGAGAGAGAGAGAGAGAGAGAGAGAGAGAGAGAGAGAGAGAGAGAGAGUGCGUGUGCGUGCACGAGUGACUUCUAGUAGCAUAACACACUCUGUACCUGUUUUACCAUUUCUUAAAAAAAGAAAAAAAGAAAAAUAGAUAAUUUUGUUUAUAUUUUAACUUGUCCGGUUACCACAUUUGACAAUAAAACAAAAUGGCAAUAACA